CCCCCUGCGACUUUCUAAAUGGGAAACCAAUUCUUCUGCAGCAGCGGACCAGCAGUUGGACAUGAUCAAGGAGCACGGCCACAAAGUGUAGUUUCAAGAAGUUUUGUGGGAAAUUUCUCUCAACAUCCUCCACCACUACCAAACUUUAAUGUACCUCCUCCUAAUAUGUCACCUAUGAAAUUUUUUCGCAAAGUUCCACCACCUAAUAUCCGUCCGCAGACUCAUCCAAUGAUUCCUCAGCAGCUACAGCCAAAUCCGCUUAUACCGCCCCCUCAGCAAGUACCUCCUCCACCCCUUCAGAGUAGUCAAUCGCAGUUCUUUCCACCAAGUCAACCUACCCCUCUUACACUCGGCUUCCUCCUCUGCCACCUUUUCAAGCCAAUGUUACGACUCCACCACUAACACAGUUUUCACACUCUAACCCUAACCCUAUUCAACAGCAAUUUCCUCAAAGCAUCCAGGCUGCUUUUCCACCACAGUAGAAUCAGUUUCAGUUUAAUACACCCCCUCCAAACCUCAACAUCGCGGCCGCUCAACAGGGGAAUUAAGCCGGAAAUAUACCAUGGCCUCUAUAGCAGGUGACUGAUCCAACAGAAAGUGUACCACACUCCGAGUUGGGGUCGCUCUCUGUUCAAACUGGAGCUGUGACGACAUCGAUGUCAGAUGCCUUUGAAUGCAGAGAGGGCUUUCCUUCAGAUACAGAACCGUGCACGCCAUCACCUGUGAAACACAAACCACCGGGGCAUCUCCCUCCACAUUGGAAAUCAGCUACCGAUAGCCAAGGAAAAGUCUACUUCUAUCAUGCCCUAACCAGGUAAGGAAUCUUACUCGUUUGUUAGAACUGUGGCUUUAUUAUUGCUCAAUGCCCACCGUGAGUCCUUGGCAAAUAAUGAACUCUUCUGUAUCUGGGUUUUCUGUCAUACGAUAACUGUGACGAGUUAGUUACUUCUAGGUCUUGGAAGUGUUAAUCAUCUAUUGGAGAAUGAUUCUGUUGUUUUCUUCAGCAAGUAACAUCGCUAGAGCCGUUUGAUUUUCAUGAGAGAGUUAAAAGUGUGUCCCAGGCCCUUGGUCAGUAGCCGUGCACCUGAUGUCUUCUUCCAUGUAUCGUUUUCUUUUAUUUUAUUUGUCGACCAUAAUUUUAUUCCUGGCGACUAUCGCCCAACAGCGUCUACGAAAUAAAAUUGAAAAUGUCUAUUGGAAAAUUCCCCCCAACUCAGUGAUCCUCAUAUUUAACUUUCUUUUCGUACGAAAACCCAGGGGGAUGUUCCAAGCUGGGACAGCAGCCCCUCAUCAGAGGAAGAACACCCUUAUGUUGUCCAAGAACCUGAUCAUACAAGUAUUUCUGCUCACAGCUACGUUGAUAUGGACGAGGUAAGGCAAACCAGCAACUUGAUUGUGGCAACUACUUCCUUGUCCACUCAGAAUGAAAUCUGAAGUCAACUCUUCUUGUUAUUCCUCCAGGAUUCACCACCAAAACCAAAAAUAAAGAAAUUAGCAAAGGCUCCUACAACACCUCCGGAGACCCCCCCUGAAAGCCCAACGCUUACCUAUACCACAGCUCCAGCAGAUACCACUGCGCACAGGAGGGGGGAUCACUUGCUGAGAGAUGGUACCUCAAGUAGUUCCUCGUCACACCAGAGCAAGAACAGAGAGCUUUUUAGAAUGAAGGUCAGUUGAGUCCGUCUCAGUGGUGACGCUACCUUCUCAGAGCCUGUGACGCCAGUGUCACGCCAUGGCUUCUUUCUCAAUAUGUCACGCAAUUGUUAUUGGUUUCAUCAUUGUUUCAGCAUUGUUUCGGAUGUACUGUAUAUCUGUUUACUAACUGAUGUAUUUUCGUUUUCGAUAUUUCUCUCCGCAGCUUUCUAAUGUGGUCGUUAACUGCCUAAAUCCUUUCUUCAAAGUUGACUGUAAGUCAGGCAGGAUCCUGAAUACUGACGAUUUCAAGUAUUUGGCAAGGAAGGUGUGUGUUUCUCUCGCUGAACCUUUUAAUUCUUAAUUUAUUUUGUAGAAAUCAAGUCAGCGUUACUUGAGUCGGUAGUAUUUACAAAGUGAAUUAUAUCCAAUUUUGCAAGUCUGUGGGUGAAACUCUGGUUUAUAGCGUCCAAAUGAAAAAUACUGAAAACUGUUGCUCGCAUGGUAAUGUUUUACUGUGCUCAACAAGGUGUUCUAUCAGUCGCCGCAACAGAGUAUUAAGGGGGGGGGGGCUACAGAAAAGGAGGGAGUCAUUCGAAUACUGCAGAGCCUUAAGGGGGGUCAGAUCAAUUUUAUUUCAAGUGUCUUCUUUCUGAAAUUAACUAUACUGACGAACGUUCUUUUCUUUCGCAGUUAACACACGGAAUCCUGAAUAAGGAGAUGAGCCACUUGAAAGAAGAUGACUCACUGCAGUGCAAUGACUGUCAAAAUCGAAACAAAAGAGUACAUUGAGAACUAUAUGAAAAAGUUUGGACCUGAAUAUAAGAGAUUCUAGUUAGUAAAAGACCUAAGUUUUACUUUGUACAUAUUAUUCUUAGCCGAGGAAACAGUCUUAAAAAGAUGUUUCUAAUAUUAUUUAGGGUGUUAGUUUUAGCAAGCUUUGUAAGAGCUCUUUUCAAUUGUAUGUCGCUGAUGCAAGAUCAAAGAAUUGGCCUUAUAAUCUUAACGAACGAUGAGAACAAGCUAAAAUUUCUGAAAGGAGACAGUGGGAUCUCAAAGUAAAACAGCCAAUCAGAGGAAAGCGCGGAAAAACGUACGUUGCCAAUUCGUGAUUGGUGUUUAGCCUUAGAUCUGAUUGGUGGAGAGGAUGGUGCGAGUUUUCCUGGCCAGUCGUAGAGCUUAUUUAAGCAAAGGAAAGGUAGUCUAGAUUUUAUACGUGGGACACUCAAUUGGAUUUUGCUCUUAACUGUUAGUUUGACAUAGAUUAGUUCAAGUAAGUCUUAGCUUGUAUUUAGGCGUUAUUAACAUUUCAAAUCUCGGAGGAUAAUUGUAAGUACAAAGUUCUGUCGUUUCUGUUAUGUCAUUUAUUAGGAUGUGAAAUAAUUUAUCUUCUUAAAUGCAUCCAUGUAAAAUACUUCAUUAGUUUUGUUCGGACAGUUUUCCGCCGGUUGCUAUCUAUGUGCUCUUGUGAAUGUAUUGCGUUUGUUUUGAUGUCGGUACUGUGCGUUUUUCCUAGAAGGAAAGAGCCAACAUUGAAGAUAACUAGAGAUAGAAACGAAUCCGACUCCUCGUCUAGUUUGUAAAUUAUUUCACACAACUCUACUUUUACUUUUAAAGUUCUGCUGUCACUGUGUUUGUUUGUCACCUUGCUUUUUGACCAUUCAAAUGAAAGCUACGGAGAAGCCCUUUCAUGUGGGACUGUUUAUUCUGCUGUCAAAGAGUUGUAGUACAGUCGUUUUAAACCUUGUUUUAUUCUCCAACGUGUUUCGUCUAGUUGUCGUGGACUUCUGCAAGGAUUUUUACUUGUAAACACUACACGCCGGUAUUUAUAAGCCAUGGUUAGCGGCCAUUGCGUGGGUCAAACACUAUAAAGGCCUGGCCGGAUUUACGAACAGGAACUAGAGAAGUUGUAGAAAAGUUUU